AAACUCUUAGCAACCCAGCAAAUAGCUUAACCAACCAGUGCAAUGUCAGAGACGGACCCAAAAUCUGUGCAGGACCUAACUGGGGUGGUCCAGACUUUGCUUCAGCAGAUGCAGGAUAAAUUCCAGACAAUGUCAGACCAGAUAAUUGGGAGAAUUGAUGAGAUGAGUACUCGUAUCGAUGACCUGGAGAAGAACAUUGCUGACCUCAUGACUCAGGCUGGUGUUGAGGAGAUAGAGGGAGAAAACAAGGUCAAGGAAGAUCAGGGUUCUGCUUGAAGGUUGCCAAGUAACUGAGAUGAAGGGGACUAGGCAGCAAGCAUUUCCAAGAGUUCUUUGUUUCUUUUCUUCUUUUUUUCUAUCAUUUGUUGCUGUGUUGGAAAGAUGUUUUAUAUUCCGAGUGAUUUUAACUCUUGUAAUAACAGACAGUAUUAAUAACAGCUAAAAUGUUUUCUUGUUACAAUUUUUUUAAACACAACUAAAAUAGCCCAAUAACGGACUCAGGUGUUAACUUGCCAAUUACAACACCAAUAAUUUUCCAUUGUAUAUGCAUUAACCACUAUUAAAUUGAUUUCCUACAGAG